AGAGAAUAAUAAAAGAAGCUUAGACGUAUAAAUAGGAAUCGUGAGGUGUGUGGGGAACUUGGGUUCCAAGGGAGAGAAAACUUAGAGAGAGAGAGAGAGAGAGAGAGAGAGAGAGAAUUAGAGACAUAUAUGUAAUCAAUCACAUGUUCCGACGGGCUUUGUGAAGGAACAACGAAGCUAUGCCUCCAACAAGAAGUAACACCCAUCUCUCUCACGUGCAGAUUCAAGAGCCAAGAACUUCUUCUUCUUCAACUGCCUUCAAGGAACAAGAAGCAACGAGAAAUCCGUCCACACAGCCAUCGGCGACAAGCCGAUUCAGCAGAAAGCUCUUCAAGGGAAUGUUCUUCUCGCAACUCACCCUAGUCUCGGUCUUGGUGAUCGUUCUCACCAUUCGGGGUCUCAUCUCUGCUGAUUCACACCACUUCCACCCGAAGAAAUGGUACCCUCCUCUGCUAACCUCGGUCGCUGUCUCGGGAACUCUAUCUCUAGCAUGGCAAUGCAUCUUUCUAUGGAAGGCAUCGGCUACACUAAAAGCAGCCUUCUAUAUUAGCCCCAUAUUCACCUGCUCGGUCGGGAUCAUGCUCGUUCUUACCAACUCGACGCCUGUUGCUGCCAUUGGAGCCCUUUUCGUAUUCUUUUCCAUUGUUCAGUCUCUCUAUGCUUGUUGGAUCACAGAGAGGCUCGAGUAUGCCACCAAAAUACUAUCAUCCGCCACCCUUAUCCCACCUGCAAAAACCAAUGCAAUUGUCAGCUUAUCGGUAAUCGUGGGCGUUUUGUACAGCGGAUUCUUGGUCACGGGAAUUGGAGGAGCUACUUCGACACGAACGAAUUUAGACAUCUUGUUCAUCUCCUUAAUCGUGAUAAGUCUGGCGUGGACAAUGCAAGUUCUCAAGAACAUACAAGAAGUGACCAUAUCCAGGGCAAGAUACAUAAACUUCACAUGUGGAGAAGACAUGGAUACAUGCAAUGCGUUUCGAGUAACGGUUAAAACCUUGCUCGGGAGCGUCUGCAUCGGAUCAACCAUAGUUCCACUCAUUGUAUUUGCCAGGGGAAUGGCCAGGAGCUUGAAACUGCUCACCACAGGCGGAGAGAAUUUCAUGUGUUUCUACGCCGAUUGCUGCCUAAACGUCGCCAAUACACUGAUUACGUUCGGAAACAGAUGGGGGUUUGUUCAUGUGGGGAUUUACGAUAAAGGGUUCGUGGACGCGUCAACUGAUAUUUGGCAUAUGUUCAGAAGGAUCGAAGGGUUUGAGCAACUAAUCGACUCAGACCUCACUGGCUCGUUCUGUUUCCUCAGCGGUGUAAUCGUGGGUGCAAUAUCUGCACUCACCGGAGGAAUAUGGGUCCUGCUCAUUCAUAAGGACUACACUCUGGAAGUGACUCUCUACGCUUUCAUCAUCGGGUAUUUCGUGUUCCGGGUAGCUUCGGCAUGGCUGCAAGCAUGUGUCUUGGCUUACUAUGUCGCUUAUGUCGAGGACCCGCAUAACGCACGUUUUGAUGCCACAAUUCCACGUCGCAUUCAACGGCUUCAAAUGUACAAUGCCCGGGAUAAUGACCGGGACAGAGCCCGGGAUAGUGACGGCGAGAUGUCUGAAAUUUGAUCACCAGGAACCACAAGUUCAAACAUGAAGCAAAACAAGGAAAACAACCGAGUUGAUGGAGUAAAUAGCUAGUUUCCUUUUACAAGGGUUUAGGUUCAUGCUUACAGAUUCUAUAGAUAGACAAAGUUCAUGCACCAAACACAAGCUAAGGGAUGUGUGAUGAUGUAUAUACUCAUUUGGUACCAAUGGACACAGCCUUCUCCUU